AAAAAAACACAAUCCCCCUUCCUUCUUCCCGGGUUUGGGAUUUUCAUAGGUUUCAACCGUAAGCAUAUAGCGCGCGCCUCUUCUUCUUCCUACUGUUCAAUUGAUCGAAAAAUGCGAACCAGAAAUCAGGCUAAGCUACAUAAUCAAUCAACUGUAAAUGAAGAAUCUGUGAAACACUACAGUGAGAUGGAGAGCCGAAGCGGCUGCAAAGAUAGAGCCAGUGAUAACGAAACUCUUGCAAACAUAUCUCGAGGUGCAGUGGGAAAACUCUUGAAACGAGUCAACAAGUCACGUGGCUCUCGGGGUCUGAACACAGAUGAUAGUUACCUAUGCAAACAAGAUUCUACGGGCAAGCCAGAGAACAGAUCAAGGGAGACAGAAAAGCAGCUUACCGGCACUACAGUGGCAAGGACUACAUUAGAUGCUGAAUGUUGCACUAAAGAUGUGUUACAAAAUGUGCCAUUGGAAGUGGAAAAUGAAGGUACAGAUGUUCAGUAUCAGAGUAUCGAGAGGGAAGAUGAACUUGAUGGUAUUGAUUGGGAAGACGGGUCAGUUCAUACUUUGAAGCCCGAAAGCAAUGUUAAGGAAGAUACAAGCAAUGGUGUGACUGUUGAGUUUGAUGCUCUGCCUGACUCUAGUAAACAGAAAACAGUACGCCGAGCAACUGCAGAAGAAAAGGAAUUGGCUGAGGUUGUGCAUAAGGUUAACUUGCUUUGUUUACUAGCGAGGGGCAGGUUGGUAGAUAGUGCUUGCAAUGAUCCUCUUAUCCAGGCUUCUUUACUUUCACUGCUGCCAGCACAUCUGCUGAAGCUAACAGAUGUUCCAAAACUUACCACGAAGGCGCUAACUCCUCUUGUCAGUUGGUUCCACAGUCAUUUCCGUGUUAGAGGUGCAAGUGAUUCAGAGAAGUCAUUUCAUUCAGCUUUGGCAUCAACUCUUGAGUCUCAGGAAGGGACCCCAGAAGAAGUUGCUGCAUUGUCUGUAGCACUGUUUAGGGCUUUGAAUCUUACGACCAGGUUCGUAUCAAUCUUGGAUGUGGCUUCCUUGAAGCCGGAAAUUGAGAAACCAUAUCCCUCUGGUCAAUCCCCUAGUAAGGCUGGUAGCGGGAUAUUUAACUCUUCGACAUUGAUGGUGGCUGCACCAAAGUAUUCUCCUCUCUCUCCUGCUAAAUCUUUGGCUGAUGGCAAGCAUUACAAUGACAAGUCUAGAGCAACUAUUACAGAUAAGUCUAAUAAAAGAAUGUCGCCAUCAACAUCAGAUGCUCUACGUGAUGCUAACGACGCAUGUAUUAUGAAGAGAGAGCAGCCAAAGAGAAAAGGGGAUCUUGAAUUUGAGAUGCAGUUGGAAAUGGCUCUUUCUUCCACCGCAGUUGAAAUAGUUAGGAACACUAUGGUCUCAGAAGUGGCGGAUGUACAAAGUACUUCGUCAAAUGUAUCACCGUUCAAAAAGAAGAAAAUUAAAGCAGAAGAGUGUUCGACUUCCUCUCAUGGACUAUCAACUGCUGUUGGAUCUAGGAAAGUAGGGGCGCCUCUAUACUGGGCAGAGGUCUACUGCAGUGGUGAGAAUCUGACGGGGAAAUGGGUGCAUGUUGAUGUUGUAAAUGCAAUUACUGAUGGAGAGCUAAAUGUGGAAGCUGCAGCUGCUGCAUGCAAGUCACAUUUACGAUAUGUUGUUGCUUUUGCUGGAAAUGGAGCUAAAGAUGUUACACGCAGGUACUGUACAAAGUGGUACAAGAUAGCAUCUGAACGAGUCAACUCAAUUUGGUGGGAUGCAGUAUUGGCACCAUUAAAGGAGUUGGAGUCCGUGGCGACCAGUGAUGUUGUUCAUUUGAGACAGGAAACUUCUGAUGAAAGCAAGAAAACAGAAGUAGCACAAUCAACAGCAACCAGGAGCUCUCUAGAAGAUAUGGAGUUGGAAACUAGGGCACUGACUGAACCUCUUCCAACAAAUCAACAGGCUUACAGAAACCAUCACUUAUACAUAAUUGAAAGAUGGCUUAACAAGUAUCAGAUUCUUUACCCCAAAGGACCUGUAUUAGGUUUUUGUUCUGGUCAUCCAGUAUACCCACGAUCCUGUGUACAAACACUCAAAAGAAAGGAAAAAUGGCUUCGUGAGGGGCUCCAAGUGAAAGCUAACGAGAUCCCUGCAAAGGUUCUGAAGCAUUCUGGAAAGCAGAAAAAAGAACAGGAUGUUAAGGAUGAUGAUUAUGGCGAGGAGGAUUGUGGAGGAACUGUCGCCCUCUAUGGACAGUGGCAAACUGAACCACUGUUUCUUCCUCCUGCAGUAAAUGGCAUUGUACCUAAGAAUGAGCGUGGUCAAGUGGAUGUCUGGUCCGAGAAGUGCCUUCCACCGGGCACAGUCCACUUGAGAUUGCCAAGGUUGGUUCCCGUUGCUAAAAGGCUAGAAAUUGAUUUUGCACCUGCUAUGGUUGGAUUUGAAUUCCGGAAUGGUCGAUCUCUUCCUGUAUAUGAGGGGAUUGUGGUGUGUAUCGAGUUUAAGGAUGCAAUUCUCGAGACAUAUGCAGAAGAAGAGGAGAGAAGACAGGCCAACGAGAGGAAGAGGUCUGAAGCAGAAGCUCUUUCUAGGUGGUAUCAGCUUCUUGCAUCACUUAUUACCCGACAGAGGCUACACAAUUGCUACGCGGACGGGGCAUCCUCACAAUCAGCUAUCAAUUUUGCAACAUCCAAUGAUAAAUCCUCCCUACUAGCUCGUGGCACUGAGGAUACAAAAACGACUCCCGAAUACCAGCAAGAAAAAUCUGAGAUUGCCCAAUCCAUUAGUCCAUCAACUGUACUUGCAGAAGACCACGAGCAUGUAUUCCUAGUAGAAGAUCAGACUGUUGAUGAAGAAAGUUCAACAAGGACAAAACGUUGUCGUUGUGGGUUUUCAGUUCAAUAUGAGGAGUUGUAGAACUUUUGAAUCGCUCUAUUUCAUCUCGUGCAAAUGCGCUAUGAGUAGAGGUUGAUGUAAAAUACUCAUGUAUGUAUCAUCAGAACAUGACUUUCAUGCUUAGGCUGCCUAUCCAAAUUAGAAAAUGUCUAGUUUUCAUCCCUUCUAUUAGCUUUUCAUCACCAGUUUCAUCUGGCUUUUGUAUCAAGCUUUAUGUGUCUGCUGUUGUACUCCUGUAAAUUGUUCUCUAGUUAUCCUUUAAAAGUACACUAUCCUAACAAUUCA